GGAGUUAGGGAGAGACUUAAAUUUGGGGUUGCAGCUGUGCAGAGCAGUAGAGAGAGAAAGAGAGAGUGUGAGAAGAGAGAGAGGCAUGGCGGCGUUGCAGAGAGAGAAACUUAAUUGUGGUGCUUCUUAAAUAAAUGCCACACUUAAAUUUAAGUUUAUAAGAGAAACACAACAAACCCAACACAAAAACACAUAAACACCACACUAGUGAGUAGUAUUAUACUAGUAGUGGUAGCAGUAGUUUAUAUAUUUUGGGUCUAAAGAAAGAAGAAGAAGAAUAAGAGAGAAUUGAGUGUGUUUUUUGGGAGGGAGAUUUAUUAACCUUAGCUGCCUCCCAACAGUGUCUGAUUCUCAAAUAAACAUGGAUUUAAGAUAGAGAUUAGAGAUUUCGAGGAGUACCCAGAUGAGGAUUUUGGGGUUUUGAAGGUCCAAUUGGGAAGAGGGGGUAUAACUUUUCUCUUUUUCUUCUCUUAUUUUGAGGUGUGUUUCGUAUCUGAUGGAUUUUCGGUCACAAUUGGGGUCAGGGUCAGUAUUAGUGGUGGAAAUAUGGCGGGGUUCUUCUCUUUAGGAUCGUCUUCCACGUCUACACCGGCUUCUGCCGCCGCCGCCGCCGCCGCCACAACCAGAAGAGGUUCGACUAGCGCUGCCCAAGAAGAAGACGACGACAACAACAACCAUAACCAGACCACUACUCACACCGGAAUUCCAGGUCAUCCGGAGACUUUUUUCUGGUACAACGUCAAGCAGCAUAGUAACAACAACAACAGCAACAAUCAUGAUCAUCAGACUAAUACGACCGCUACCUUCGAGCUCUGGCAACAACAACAACAACAGCAAGCUGCGCUUCUCCAUCUCCAAACCAUCCCCACUCGGUCUCACCACCACCACCACCAAGAUCUUUACUCCUCUGCGGCGGCUCUAGGCGUUGGGCCUAGUAGUUACAGGAGUGUUGGUGGUGGUGGUGGUGCUUCGAUCACCGUUGAUUCUUCUGAUGAGCAUCAGUCUUCGUCGGCGAGGUUUAUGAUGAUGAGGUCUUCUUCUUCUGGUGGUGGUGGUGCUGGUGGUGGUGGAGUAGUAGGAGGCGGAGUGAGCUGUCAGGAUUGCGGGAACCAAGCGAAGAAAGAUUGUAUUCACAUGAGGUGCAGAACCUGUUGUAAGAGCCGAGGUUAUGACUGUCAAACUCAUGUGAAGAGCACUUGGGUCCCCGCAUCUAAGCGCCGAGAACGACAACAACAGCAACAACAGCUCUCUUCUCUCCAGCAUCAACCGCAUCAGCAACCCAAAAGGCUCAGAGAUAAUAAUGCCUUGAUGAUUUCUUCUUCUCGAUUGCAAACCAAUACCUCAUCAGGCAUGGAAGUUGGCAACUUUCCGGCUGAAGUAAGCUCACAAGCGUUAUUUCGAUGCGUCAAAGUGAGCUCCAUGGAAGAUAAUGAUGAUCAGUAUGCAUAUCAGACGGCUGUGAACAUCGGCGGCCACGUGUUCAAGGGAAUUCUCUACGACCAUGGCCCCGAAUCCAACUACAACAUGGGUGGCGAAACCUCCUCCGGUGGCGGCGGCGGUGGUGGUGGUGGUGGGAAUCAAGUUCAGCCUUUGGAUCUUAUCACAGUUGCUGCCACGGCCAGUACUGCCGCCGGAGCAACCGAAGCUUCUCCGUCUGGAGCGUUUGAUCCUUCUUCUCUAUACCAACAACCUCCUCUCAACACUUACAUAGCUGGUACGCAAUUCUUCCUACCUCCAAGAUCUUGAUCAUCAUGAGAUCGUGAUGGUGAUGAUGAUGACGAUGAUGAUGAUAAUGAUAUGAUCAUCACCUAAGCCCUACUCAUCAUUCUAUCAUAUUCAUCUUCUUUUUCUUCUUCUUCUACUUCACCAAACUUUCGAUUAUUCAAAGCUGUUUUAAGCUCUAGAUUAUAAACAUCAAUUAAUGUAGUAACAUUUGACAAAGCAAAAGUAUAUCAGAGAGUUAACUACUAGCUAUAUAUAUAUAUAGCUCUAGGAUGAUGAGUACUAAAAUUUAAAGAAUGGUGAUCGAGUACGAGUGGAAUUGAUCAAUGGAUAUAUGGAUCAUUAUUAUCCAUAUGCGGAUAUCAUGAUCUUUGUUGAUUUGUUCUUUGUUUUUAUUAAUUUUGUGCAAAAAAAAAAAAAAAAUCUUGAAAGUGGUUAUUCUCAAACACGAUAUUAAUCUUCUUUUUGGAUAGAGAUCAUGGUGGAAUCAAAUGAAAUGGAAUGGAAUGUGUUAUUUCUUGUUA